AUGGACAUUUCCAUGCAGAUUCCUCCAGCAUUUUCGGCACAGCGGCAGGUCGAGCUCUGUGACGGACGCCUAAAGGAGCUGAAGGCGACCAGCCCGGGACUGCAGCAAGAAUGGGCAACACCGAAGUCCCAAGCCUCGCAGAAGCUCUCAGCUGGCAGUAUCAAGACGGGCAGUGGGCCCUUGAUGGACCGAAGUAUUGUCAGCAUGCAGCAACAUGGAAUGCCGGACUGUGCAAUCUGGUGGGGCAGUUGCACACCAUUGUGGCAGGCGGCAAUUGCCAAGAUUUUCGAUCUUCGGCCCGGAGCCGAAUUUUUCGCUGCCAUCGAGGUGGCAGAGCAGAGGAAUCUUCCAUUGGUCUGUGGGGAUCGCGACGUAGACGAGACGAUGCAGGAUCUGAAGGAGGCAUUUCUGAAAGACUGGUGGUCGCUCCUCACCUCCUCGUCCCAGGUGCCGGGCACCAAGGGCCGAGAGAGGUUGACUGUAGCAGCAUCGCUCGUGGCAGCGCUUCGUGAUCGUGAGAUGAUAGCUCGCCUUCGCGAAGAGCUGAAGCUCAGCAUGCAAAGAUAUGCAGAGUCUUCGAAGAGCGGUGUCGCCCAGGGCAGCGCUCUGCAGCGCUGCACGUCGCUUUAA